GACUUCAUAUCUUUAAUCUCACUUUCUUAUUAAAUGAAUACUUUGAGCGGGAAGCCAAGUUUCAGAGUUUACACCAAGGCUGAGACUAACUGCUCCCUUGCUAUCCGUGAUGGUCAGGUCGUUCUUGCGCUCGUUGAUCAUUCUGACCCGUUUCAGCACUGGGUAAAAGAUGAGAGAUCUGCCUCAGAUUUUGAAGAUGAAGAGGGAUUCCCUAGCUUUGCUUUGAUUAAUAAAGCUACGGGUCAGGUUAUGAAGCAUUCCGUUGGAGCGGCUAAUCCUGUGCUGCUUAUUCCUUAUGUUCCAGACGAACUUGACGAGUCUGUCCUUUGGACCUUCAGCCGGGACAGGGGUGAUGGUUAUAGAGCAAUGAGGAUGGUAAAUAACAUCCGGCUCAAUGUGGAUGCAUUUCAUGAUGGAAGCAUUCAUGAUGGUACUAUCAUCGGCCUUUGGGAGUGUGGUGAAGGUGAAAAUCAACUAUGGAAGAUGGUACCGCAGCAGGAUGAGCCGAAGCCCCAGGCCUGGGAUUAUUUGAGCCGGAUGCCAUCUGUUCGAGUGUACACAAAGGCUGAGACUAAUUGUUCCCUUGCUAUCCGUGAGGGUGAGGUCAUUCUUGCUCGGGCUAACCUUUCCGACCCAACUCAGCACUGGCUGAAAGUUGAGAAAUACAGCACAGAAGUUAAAGAUGAAUAUGGCUUCCCUAGCUUCGCUCUGGUUAAUAAAGCUACUGGUCAAGCUAUGAAGCCUGCAGGAGCCUCUCAUCCUGUGGAGCUUAUUACUUAUGUUCCAGAAGCACAUGAUGAGACCGUCCUUUGGACUCUCGCUGAGGACUUGGGUGACGGUUACAGAGCAAUGAGAAUGGUGAAUAACACCCUCCUGAAUGUGGAUGCAUUACAUGACGGAAGCAUUCAUGAUGGUACUAGCAUUGGCUUGUGGGAGUGGUUGCACGGUGAAAAUCAACUAUGGAAGGUGGUACCACAUCCUGAUGUGCCUACGCACCAGGUUUUGGAUCGUUUGAACCAGAUGCCAUCUAUUAGAGUUUAUACAAAGGCUGAGACUCAUUGUUCCCUUGCUAUCCGUGAUGGUAACGUCAUUGUUGCUUGGGCUGACACAUCGGACCCGUCCCAGCACUGGGUGAAAGAUGAGAAAUAUAGCACAGUGGUUACAGAUGAAUAUGGCUUCCCUAGCUUUGCUCUGGUUAAUAAAGCUACUGGUCAAGCUAUGAAGCAUCCUGACGGAGACGGUCAUCUGGUGGAGCUUAGCCCUUAUGUUCCAGAUGUACUUGAUGAGUCCAUCCUGUGGGCUCUCGCCGAGGACUUGGGGGAUGGUUACAGAGCCAUGAGGAUGGUUAAUGACAUUCGCCUGAAUGUAGAUGCAUUUCAUGAUGGAAGCAUUCAUGACGGGACUUUCAUUGGCAUAGGUGAGUGGGCUGGUGGUGAUAAUCAACAAUGGAAGAUGGUACCGGCUCAGGAUGUGCCUAAGCCCCUGGCCUGGGAUCGUUUGAGCUGGAUGCCAUCUGUUCGAGUUUACACAAAGGCUGAGACUAAUUGUUCCCUUGCUAUCCGUGAUAGUAAGGUCAUUCUUGCUCGGGCUAACAUUUCCGACCCAACUCAGCACUGGCUGAAAGUUGAGAAAUAUAGCACAGAAGUUAAAGAUGAAUAUGGCUUCCAUAGCUUUGCUCUGGUUAAUAAAGCUACUGGUCAAGCUAUGAAGCCCGCAGGAGCCUCUCAUCCUGUGGAGCUUAUCCCUUAUGUGCCAGACGCACAUGAUGAGACCGUCCUUUGGACUCUUGCCGAGGACUUGGGUGACGAUUACAGAGCAAUGAGGAUGGUGAAUAACACCUGCCUGAAUGUGGAUGCAUUUCAUGAUGGAAGCAUUCAUGAUGGCACUAUCAUUGGUUUGUGGGAGUGGAUGCACGGCGAAAAUCAACUCUGGAAGGUGGUACCACAUCCUGAUGUUCCUACACACCAGGUUUUGGAUUUUUUAAACCAGAUGCCAUCUGUUAGAGUUUACACAAAGGCUGAGACUCAUUGUUCCCUUGCAAUCCGUGAUGGUAAGGUCAUUAUUGCUCGGGCUGACACAUCGGACCCAACCCAGCACUGGGUGAAAAACGAAAGAUAUAGCAACUGGCAUACAGAUGAAUACGGCUUCCCUAGCUUUGCUCUGGUUAAUAAAGCUACUGGUCAGGCUAUGAAGCAUUCUGUUGGAGCCGGUCAUCUGGUGGAGCUUAUUCCUUAUGUUCCAGAUGUACUUGAUGAGUCCAUCCUUUGGGCUCUUGCCGAGGACUUGGGUGAUGGUUACAGAGCCAUGAGGAUGGUUGAUGACACUGACCUGAAUGUAGAUGCAUUUCAUGAUGGAAGCAUUCAUGACGGUACUUUCAUUGGCAUAUGGGAGUGGACUGAAGGUGAUAAUCAACAAUGGAAGAUCGUGCCGUACUAACCGAUAUGACCGGAGCUGUCCUGAAGAUUUGAGUACCUCACACGGUUCUGGCCUCUUGGAAGUGAUUUCAUGAUUGUCUGUAUUUUGUAUCUGAAAUUGUCUCACUCAUGGUUUAUUAUUUGAAAGUAAGCUUAUAUGGUGGUCUGGUCAUGAACUUAUGACCUUGUUCUUGCCACUUUUGUGUAAUAGUAAAAUCUUGUAGUUUCUUCUCUUCCACUCUUUCUUUUGGUGGUUUUUCAUACUCUUAUUUUUCUAAUUAUUAUAAUUAUUAGGACA